CUAGAAUCGUGAUACCAAGAAAAGUCCUCCCUCUUUCGACUUCAAUAGCACGUACGAGAAUCAAUCCAUAUUGACUCUUAUCAUUCAAUCGCAAAACAAUUCUACAUUAAUGUUGCAGCCAUCGAAAUGGUACCUGCCGUCCAAGCCAUGGAACUAAUAAUACUCUUCCUAGGACCUAGGUUUUGCGAUCCUUCAAGUACUAACCAGGGGUAUUUUAGGCAGCCGUCCACUCAAACAGGCGUCGUUUAGAGCGUGGUCAGCCGUGCCCGAUAUCCUGUCUCCUUUUAAGAAGAGGACGACGCACUUGGUGUUUCUCUCAUCAUAGUCGCUCACUACCUCCACAAAAGCACAACAACCAAAAGCCUAUUCAUCUUCGACCACACACAUCAUGGGGCGCGGAAACCAAUCCACAGCGUACCGUGAUGAUCCGGAUGCCGUUUCCCUCCAUACUACACCUGACGAUUAUAGCUACGACGAUGCCCCCGAAAUAACCACCUUCCCACCAUCGUAUGCGGACAGCGAGGCCGACAAUGUAGUGGCGCCCACUGCACCUCCGAUCAGGCACCUCCCGCCGCCUACGAGUAGAAUGGAUCAUAAUGCAGGCUACACGCUGAAAAAGGGAAAGCCUCAAGUGUGUGAAACGCAGACGGUCAUGGACCCACGCUACGAUACAGAUCCUGUCUAUCUUGAAGAAGGGGUGCUCAAAUUCGCCAAUCAAGCACCAAUUCCCCUUGUUUACAUCAUGGGAACACAUAAGGAGACGGUGAAACGCGGAGAUAAGAAAGAGACCCAAGAGGUUACAGAUUUCAGGAUUGUCAUGAAUCUGCAACGGUAUCUCUGGCGUGAUUUCAUCCCUGGCAACAGCUCUUCAAUGACCUUUGCGCCCGUGAGCAAUGGGGACAAGACAUAUCGUGGAGGGUUCAAGAAGACGAGGGCUCCUGGCUUCAAGCAAGAUAUUGAGGUUGGGUCGACUGCACCAACAGCUCAAGAGUGGUAUCACCGGUAUUGUGCAUCAUCAUCAUUGCUUCGUGUCUUCCGUUUCCGCCGUGAAGUCGUUGGAUUUGAUGAGACAUUUUUGAAGAACCGUAUCGAAGGGCUCAUCCGGAGCACUAACUAUCGGGGUCAUCUUAGCAUCACGUUUCCUGUGGAAGACCGGAAUGUCGACAUAUACUCAUCGAACCGUAUCAAUGAAUGGCGACUAAAGACAUGGAUCCGCUGGGUAUUCUACUUAACAUUUCUCUGGAUCUUCACAUGGCCUUACCUGUUCUUCGCUACCAAACGAUAUGCUGUUGUCGUAGCUCAAUGGCCAUUCUCCUUCAUGGACCAGGACGGCAAUAAGAUAUAUUCCACGGUGAGCGAGGAGCAAUGGUUUGAGAAAUGGCAUAUCGGCAUUCGGCGCUUGGUUUUGGACCGAUUCCAGGGAGAAGCCAGUGAAGAACAACUUGCCGGCGUCAUAGCUCGUCCCGCCGACCCACCCAUGCCUGGCACCAUUAGUACUGGUCAUGCCGGUAUUGACAACGCUGUUGGAUACUUACAGCAAGGGCUUCAAGUGGCAGGUGCCAUCUCUAGAGGCAACAACCUUUCGAGAAGUCUACAGGGCGGCUGGGGUUAUGACUGCUGACCAGCACAACAUCCUGAAUCCCGAUAUGCUUCCUCAAUACCAUCACCAAUAGGCGUGUCGAGAGCACCCCUUUCAUACUACGAGUACUGUGUCUAGUUGGAACGGGCCAGGUAUGAUGCAGGCGUCCUCGCCACAAGCCUCUCUGGCUAGGGACAGGGCCGUUUCAAGAGACUGAAAAGUGUAGAAGUCUUUGUUGUUUUGUUUUUGAGAGCAAAUUGAAUCUGAAUAGUCUACUCUUGCUGAAGAAGGUGCCGUACAAAUUUCCUGCUGAUCAUCCUCGAAUGCUUUCUGAAUUGAGACGGUACGCACUCUAUGCUAGACACUUGGGUUGCAGAUACGAUAUCAAUAGUUGCUUGUACGAGUAACUGUAGACAAACAGAAAUUGUGUUGUCUUCGUGCUACCUGACCACGCAUCCAAC